UGCUAGCCCAGCCCUGCCCCCCAGCUCUGCCGGUGCCCCUCACUCCCGACCCACAGCCCCCUGCUAGCCCAGCCCUGCCCCCCAGCUCUGCCGGUGCCCCUCACUCCCGACCCGCAGCCCCUGCCAGCCCAGCCCUGCCCCCCCAGCUCUGCCGGUGCCCCUCACUCCCUACCCGCAGCCCCUGCUAGCCCAGCCCUGCCCCCCUCCCCCAGCUCUGCCGGUGCCCCUCACUCCCGACCCGCAGCCCCUGCCAGCCCUGCCCCCACACCAGCUCUGCCCCUCCCAGGAUCUGCCCCAUAGGCGGGGGGGCGGGAGCGGGGCGGCUGUAGCUGCAUGAGACCGGGAGUGAAUUGGGGGGGGGGGGGUCAGUCAGCCCCAGACAAAGCGGGGGGGGGGUUGCCUCCCUCCCUCCGCUAGCGCGUUUCCCUCGCUCGCUGCAUCCCGCCUCCCGCGGGGGGGGGGGGGCGGGGAGCUUGUCUGCAGCCGCCGCGCCCGGGUCCCCCCCAGCAUCUUGUGCAGCGCGACAGGGUCCCCCAAUGUCGGAUGACACGGAAAAGAAGGAUGAGUCGCCCCCCACGGGGCCAACAGAGCUGCAGCCACUGGUGCCCCAGAGUCCCCCCCCAACCCCACUGCCCCUGCAGAGUCCCCCUUCAGCCCCACUGGCCCCCCAGAGUCCUCCCCAGAGUCCCCUCCCGCCCCCACAGCGUCCCCCCUCGGCCCCAGACACCUCCCCAUCAGCCCCAGAUGUUCCCCCCUCGGCCCCAGAUGCCCCCCCCUCAACAGCAGUAACUGUGAUGGUGGAGGAUGAGGGGGAGCCAGAGGAGGGGCCCCAACAAAAUGGACAGGCUGUGGGUGUGGGGGGUACCCCCUACUCCCCCCAUGCCUCCCCCCCUGCCCCAGGCCCCUCUGGUGCCGUCAGGCCCCACCCGCCCACCCCAACACCUGCUCGCUCCAAAUCAGCCUCCCUGGGCGAUCUGGGGGGCAAGGCCUGCGCGAGCGGGGGGCCACGGAGGUGGGGCAGCCUGGUGGGGUCCCAGGUGCAUCUGGCAGGGGCAGGGUCGCCCCGCCCCAGCCUGAGCCGCCAGCCCUCGGGGACCGAAGGGGGCCCGGAGGCGGAGAAGCCGAGAGAUUAUAUCCUGCUGGCCACCCUCUCCUGCUUCUGCCCCAUCUGGCCCAUCAACAUCGUCGCCUUCGUGUACUCCGUCAUGUCACGGAACAGCCUGCAGCAGGGGGACCUGGACGGGGCGCGGCGGCUGGGCCGCGUGGCCAAACUGCUGAGCAUGGUGGCCCUCCUUGGGGGCAUCGUCAUCAUCAUCCUCUCGGUCGCCAUCAACUUCGGCCUGUUUCAGUGAAGACGACUCCGUGCUGUCCCCAGUCCUCCAACCCAGGAGCCCCCACCCAGCACCGCUCUAAUGGGGACCAAACAGCCAACCCUCCGGGGGGGGCCGAGGGGGCAGAGAGGGGGAUUACGGCCGCCGACAGAGGGGUGCGGCCUCCAAUCCCCCUUCCACCUCGGGGACAGCGCCAGAAAAGAAGACCAGGAGAGAAUGGAGGAAGAAACCCCCCUCCAUCUGUCCACCUGCAUGCCUCCAUCCAGCCGUCCUACUGUCCAUCCAUCCAUCGCGUCUGUCCAUCCAGCCGUCCCACCGUCUGUCCAUCUGUCCAUCCAGCCGUCCUACUGUCUGUCCAUCUGUCCAUCCAGCCGUCCCACUGUCCGUCCAUCUGUCCAUCCAGCCGUCCCACUGUCCGUCCAUCCAUCCCACUGUCUGUCCAGCCGUCCAUCCAGCCGUCCUACUGUCCAUCCAUCCAUCCCGUCUGUCCAUCCGUCCAGCCAGCCGUCCCACUGUCCAUCUAGCCAUCCGUCCCGCCGUCUCUCCAUCCGUCCAUCCAUCCAUCCCACUGUCCAUCCAGCUGUCCCACUGUCCAUCUAGCCAUCCAUCCCACCAUCUGUCCAGCCGUCCCACUGUCCAUCUAGCCAUCCAUCCCACCGUCUGUCCAGCCGUCCAUCCAUCCAUCCCACUGUCCAUCCAGCUGUCCCACUCUCCAUCUAGCCAUCCGUCCCACCGUCUGUCCAGCCAUCCCACUGUCCAUCUAGCCAUCCAUCCCACUGUCUGUCCAUCUGUCCAUCCGUCCAUCCGCCCCACUAUCAGUCCAGCCAUUCUGCCAUCCAUUCACCCAUCCUGCCAUUUGUUCAUCCGUCAGUCCAUCCGUCCCA